AUGAAUGGAAACAUUUUCGUCAACAUCUUGUUUGAGAGUAGAACUCAAGAGGAUUUGUUGUAUAAUUUAAAUAAUGUGUUUAAGAAUUUUCCUGCAAAAUAUCUGCCAGAUUAUACCUGUGAGUAUGACCUUACUGUGAACCUGAAUGAUACAGACCUUCAGAUUGUUAUCAACUACGAUCUAGAUGUCAGCGAUCAACUGCAAUUUUUGUCUGCUUUUACGAACAAAACCCUGAUAGGUGGAACUGGUCUCGAGACAAUCUUCAUACCAAACUCUGAGACUUCAGCAAUCAAUCUCUUUUUCCGUUCUCAGUAUCAAAGUAAUCUUGGUAACUUCGUCAUUUACUUCUAUUCAGAAUUUAUCCCAGUUACUACUGACUAUGGUACACCCGAAGACUCCACUACCCCUCAACAACAAACAUCAGAGACUAUGGCUACAGCAACUGUAAUUCCGUCUAUCAACAAUGUUGGUUUGUACAUAGGCGUGGGAGUAGCAGGAGUGAUCGUUGUUCUUUUAUUCAUAGCUUUAUUGAGUGUUCUCAUCACGGCAAGGAGAAAUAGGUCCAAGCCUGCCGCAGCAGGUCACGUUGACGUUACCUCCUCAACGAAUGUUGCAUAUAAUAUGGAUAGCGAACGGGUCACUGUCAACAAGGGAGACACGCCGGGUACACACUCGAAUGAUGAUACACACAGAUAUGCCACCAUCGAGGGUGAUUAUUACUAUGCUACUACUAAUGGUCCGCAGCCGCCAUUGCCCAAGCCACGUGAUGCCAAUUCACCAGCCAAUCAGGAAGCGGAGUAUGAAGAGCUACCUGAUCAAGGAUCUGGAACCCCAUAUCAAUCAUUGACAAAAAAUGACAUUCAGGCUUAUCAGGAACUUAGCAAAAAUCAAGCUCCUUCAUACACAACGCUUGAACCUCCAGCUAAUAAUGAAUACUUAGAACCAAUUUAACAUUUAAAUGAGAGCAAUACAAUUUCUCUAUACACUGUAAAAAAUGAAGUGCUAAUGUAGCACUUAAAGUGCGGUCACUAUACAAGCACUAUAAGUGCUGAAUUAGCACUAUAUUUUUUACAGUGUAUAUUGUGAGAAUUAAAGAAUGCUUCCUUAAAAUUUUAUAUUCAUUAUCCAUAGUUGUAUUAUAUCACUAACUGCAUAUCCCGUGCUUGAGAUGCUUUAAAACCAUGAUCUCGCAAAAUUUUGUGUGUAUAAAUAUGUUGAAUCUAAUUUUGUCUCAAGGUACCGUGCUGUACAUUUUUCACUAUUUCUACGGUUUUUCGUAUUCAUGAAAUAAGACACAUUCAUAUUUUUUAUUAUGUUGUUAUUUCAUUGCAUUUAUAUUCCAUUAAACACCCAAGUAAAACAAAUAAAUACAAAAUUUACAAAUAAAAAUCGGAAUGACCCAAAGAAGAGCAUUGCUUGUGAGGAUGGGACCCUCUACAAAGAUAAACAGAAAACUUUAACUAAAUAAAGUGUAAUCUUAAACAAAAGGAGUAUCUUUCCAACUCGUUCAAAAAGAUUUGCUGCUAAAAUCAGCAUUUCAUUAGCAGGUGCCGGUUGGAGCUAAGCACACAAAUUCCAUCAAAUUUUUGACAUCUACAUUUUUGUUUUCUUAUUUUUUAUGUUUUGCCCGUCAUAAGUCGUUUACAUAUCAUACUUUUCCACACUUUUUAAAGUGUAACAUUAAAUCACAUAAGAAAACAAGUAGGCUAUUUCUUUAAUGCAGCUUACAUCUCGGGCUUGAUGGAAUAUGCUGGGAUUCUAUUCAGGAAAAAAAAUAUCUUCAACUCGAAAUUCGUGCACUUUCAUAUAACUUACUGUCCAUCCCAUUUUUACGCGAGUCAUUAUUUACGACCUUAAAAAAGCAGGCGAGUCAGAGGCGGUUUUAUGGAGGACAAUGACAAAAAUUAGAUAUCUAGAUACCGUGUUAAACACGCUGCCUCAGCUCGCGGUGUAGACCCGAGAGCCGAUGGAGACUCUCCUUUUUUUUGCGUGUAAAAGCGAUAAACUUACACCGGCUCGCGUUGCAGACACGACAAUUUUCUCAGCCAAAAUACUAGUAGUAGGAUCAGACCCGCGAGCCGGUGCAGACGCGGCAAUUUUUCUCUGUGUAACACGAAGUCGAGUCUGCAAUCAGCGCGCUGUCAUGACGUAAAUUUUAUCCCCUGAUCAGUGUUUUUGCCCCGCGAACCGAUGCAGUGUGAAGGCUUAAACCAGGGCCCUGAGGAAGAGUUUUUUUCAGUGGGGCGCCUGACAUGGGCUAAAAUCUCUUCUCAAAGCUGGCGGGACACAAUUGUGCCAUUGUUCUUUUAUAUACACACACAUCCAAGGGAGUCCCCACAUAUCACCCAACACCCACACACACAGACACACAUAUAUAAACAAAUAGCUCUGAGGAACCAUAAUUUAACCUACGCCUACCAUUGUUCUCAUUCAUUUAUUUCACAAUAUACAUGUAUAUGAAAUGCUCGAUUGAUGAUACCAUUUUCGAUGUGCCUAGUUUGCUCAUGUAAGCAAGUCUCUAUUUUAAGCCACUUUUUCAGUUUUAUUGUAUGAUUGCUUGUUGUUUGCAAUCAAUUUCUUAUGUCUUUGUAAUUUUACCUUUUAUGUACAUUUCAACCUGCCUUAAACCGGUAUAGGUUCAUGGACCUGGCUUUGCCUGUUACUUUUUCAUUGUUUCACUUUGUUCAUUUGUAUACUGCUUUUCUUUAAAAUAAAGAAAUGAUUACAAUC